AUGGCCGACGGCGUUGCCAUCCUCGAAGGCACCACAACCUGGUGUACGCAAUGUAAGGCCAUCAAACCGUUUGUCGAUCAGAUGGUGCAAAAGUACCCAGACGCCCGCUUCUACCAGUACGACACCGAGCAGGCGGAGGACAUCGCUCAGGAGCUGGGAGUCAACGUCAUGCCAUCUUUCCACAUCUUCAAGGACGGCGAUGUCAUGCAGAGUGUGACGGGAGCGAAAGGGGCGGCGCUGGAGAAGGCUAUCAAGGAGAAUUACGAUGGCAAGGUGGUGGACGCAUAG